UCAAAUCAUUUCUCCAUUGUCAUUUAGUACAAGAGAUUGACGCGCGUGCGAGCCGUCAUCAGUUCACAAGUGAUAUAGAUAUAUAUGAGGACAAAAUGUCGGUUUGGUUAACACUGUUGGUGGUCUUCUACAGUUCCCAUGGGACAGGUGCAUCACCUAAUUGUGUGAAUCCAUACUCCCAGAAGUCAGCCUUUAUCACUAAAGAACUUUAUAUGUGGUCAAGUAAAAUGGAAGAAUUGAUGAGUAUACAUUCUAACUACAACACAUAUAGAGAACACAUAAACGACGAUGUCUAUGAUGACAUCUACAAGAAACACUUCCGGAUACAAAAUAAUAUUUACCUUCUAUCCCGAUUCAACGCAGAAUCGAUCAACGAGGCAUCUGUUCUUUGCGCGGUCGCCGGUGGUUACCUUGUGGAGAUUUCGAGCAACGAAGAGCUCAGAAAUAUCAAAUCUGCUAUAAAAGACGUCGAGACAAUGUGCACGUAUGUUGGACAAAGUCGGAAGGGCGAUUUGUGGAUGUAUGCGUACAGCCAAACGUCUGCCUUUGUACAAGCCCUAAACAUUCCGACUUUCUUGGGUAAAAGCAGACACAGAUGCGCAGCCAUGUUAAAAGGAAACGGAACCUUAUUCGAAUUCCCCUGCCAGCAUGCACCGUGCAACUUCCUGUGCGAGAUAGAGAACUAUAUAAUAUAUGAAGAAGACCCUGAAUCGGAAUCAAACGACGUGGAAGACAACACGAGCAUUACUACAGGGGGUCCAAAACUGGUUUUAAUGCGUUAGCCAGACGUAAAGAACAGACAUUUACCAGGCUUCAACCGCAGACUGACACAUUCAAUACAACUAGAAAGUUUGAGAAAAAAAAAAGAGUUCCAAUGGUGUAGGCCUAUAUGUGUGUGUGAUAAUUUGAAAAAAAAAGUUGUCAGAAGGGAAAAAAAAACAACAAAAUUUAAAAAUACAGUAAAAAUAAAAAAACGAACAACAAACUUAAUUGUUAUUUAUAUAUGUUUUAGUCACAUACCUAAAAAAAAAAAAAAAAAGCUGAAACAAGGCGUUGUUUUGUAAAGUAGUUAUGAGAAGUAAAGUUUUUGUUCCACCCUCUAAAAAAAUCCUUUUUUUUGGUAUGUUGCACUAAUACAUAUAGUUUAUAAUUGCCUACGUUUUUUGAUUGUUCAGCAACUAUUAAAUUUUAAAAUUUAAAAUAAAUGACAAUUUAUUUAGUUUACUGGGUUUGUGUAGUCAUGUGAAACUGCACGCAUCCUUAAUCUCUGGAAUCAUUGUCAUUAACAUAUAGUUCAAUUUUUCAACAGUGCAAUAUAAAUUACACUUUUUUUUUCUGGAUUUCAAACUUGAAAACUUAUCAUUUACUUUAUCAAAAUUAAUGUCUUUUAACAAUCUCAUUUUUAAUAAAAUUCCUCUUUGUAAAA